GUCACUGCAGGCGCGUAAUGGUACAAAACACAGUGGAUAUAGUUCAGUAAACACAGUUUGUUUUGAGUCAAAAAUGUCCUGUCAAGUUGUCGUGAGGACCAUUCGUCCUCCUGUUGUGGGCCUUUUGGUGCAGUCCUCUCUUCUGUUAAAGAAAGGUAGAGUGUGUCACAGGAUGCCAGCCAGCCUCCGACACUACAGCAAUGAAGAGGAGAGAAUCAGCCGCUAUCCAGUGCCUUACAGGAAAAACCUGCCGUAUGAUAUCGUGGAGCUGAUGGAGGAGGUCGAAACAAAGGGUGGCUUCUUGCCCAACGUCUUCAAGGUCCUUGCUCAUCGACCAGCAGAGUUCCGAGCCUUCUUCACUUAUUAUGACGCGCUCAUGAACAAGGAGACUGGUGGUUUGUCAAAGGCAGAUCGGGAAUUGAUCGUCGUUGCAACCAGUGCCCAUAAUCACUGUCUGUACUGUGUGGUAUCCCACAGUGCACUGCACCGUAUCUACUCUAAGAAACCCACACUAGCUGAUCAGGUGUCAGUAAACUACCAGGUUGCGGAUCUUUCUUCGCGGGAGCGAGCCAUGCUGGACUUUGCUCUGACCGUGUGUCGCAGUGAAACAGUGACAGACGAACACUUCACCUCGCUGGAGGCUCACGGCUUUGACCGAGAGGAUAUAUGGGACAUCGCUGCUAUCGCUGCAUUCUUCGCCAUGUCCAACCGCCUGGCCCACCUCACAGACAUGAGACCCAACACAGAGUUCUACAACAUGGGCAGAGUGCCCCGAGAGAAACGGCCAAAACCAGACGAGCAGGACAGUGGGCCAUAGGUACAUCAGAUCUGUCCGAUCAGUCCAAAUGCCGUCUUUUUUUGAUUAGUAGUUCAUUGAACAGUCAGUGAAACUGAUUGGCCACAAUGUCAACGAACUUUAUGAAAGUUCUCAAAGAAAGACAUAUCAAGAAGCAAAUAAAAUUGGCUUAAAUGCCAUUAUCAAAGAUUUCUCUUAAAAAAUAUAUAGUUAUUUUCAUAUGUAGACAAAUAACUUAUCAUGCAGUCUAUUGAUUACAGCCUUCAGUAGUUGCCAGAUGUGUUUGAAAUAGGCUUUAACUUUUAGGCUUUUCAGCUUAAUCAACUCAGCACCUGAAGGUUACACUGAACAGGAGGAAAACACUAGCUUGUUGACCUACCUGCUAACUCUCACUCUGCCAAGUGGACGCCCCCAGUAGUGCUAACAGCGGCAGCGUCUAAAUCACCGUUAGAAGUUACAAUAUAAGAGGGAGAGUCUAAAUCAAGGAUAAUGUUAUUGUAAGAUUAUGACUUUUUUUGAUAAUAUAAAAUUAGAAAGAGACUAACCAUAAUCUCAAAGGGCCCAUAAUCCAACAUUUUUCUUGUAUUUUAUUUGUUUCCGUUGAGGUCCACUCAUAACAUUUGUGUGGUUUUAGUUACCAAAGAUAGCCUGUUUAUAUGAAUUUGAGCUGCUUUUGUUUCUGUGUCAUUAAGACUGAUAUGUAAAUAACUUGGCUGUCCUGUAUUGUAUUGUCCUGCAACGUGUUGGAUCUUGUGACAUCACAGAAACAGUGAAUUCAAAACAGGCUGUUUUUGCAGCAUGCAUGGACUGGAGGAGUCAACAAUACAUUCGGUAACUUUAGUUUUAUAUAUAUAUAUAUAUAUAUAUAUAUAUGUAUGUCUUUCAAAAAAGCUAGGGAAAUUUGGUUUUCUAUGAUAUGGGCCCUUUAGUAAUAAUAAUAAUAAUAGUAAUAUAAUAAUGCAUUUUACUCAUAUAGUGCUUUUGAAGGACUCAACGGCUGCGUUCACACAGCAGGUAAAAGUGGCCCAAAUCUGAUUUUCUCACUAAAUCUGAUUUUUUUUUGUUUGGCUGUUCACAUUAUCUUUUAAAUGUGGUCUGUAUGCGACAUCAGUCUGAACAGAUCAGCUCCUAAACUGAGCCGCAUGCGCCUAAGAACAAUGCUGCAUAUUGCUUCACGCGGCUCAUCCAGAAGUAAACAAUCACAACUGCCAAUGAAUGCCAGUCACUCUCGGAGCUUUCAGUUUCAUCUUCACCAGCAUCACAGGAGCCAUCAUAAAGCUUUAUUAACUGACAGCUGGGCUCAUCACCCAGAAUGUGCUGGAGCUCGCCGUAAAAAGGCCUCGGUCACUUCUUUGGUUUGUGUCCUCGGAUUCUUUAAACUUGGCUUUCAGACUUUUAACUGUUCUUUGACGCUGCAGAGUCGCUCUCCUACGACCGCGUUCAGCAUUUCUUUCAAAAUGUCUUCAAACGUGGAGGGUUUUGGAUGAGUCUCUUCUAAUUUUUUAGUACAGAAACAUCAGCCUAAAUGUUUGAGGUCUCAGCAGCGCACAAUGAUGAUGAAUAUGGAGUUGGAUUGACGUAAAAGUCGCAUGAAUUCCCAUCUGGCUGUUCAGACUGAGUCGCAUUGCCGCAGGUCAGAUACAAAUCGGAUUUCAGUACCACAUAUAAAAGCAUCUUAAAUCGGAAUUGAAAAUGUCAGAUUCAGUGUGUUUUUUUGCUGUUCGCACUGUAACAAAGAUAACACAUCUGUGUCACAUAUGAGGGGAAAAAAAUCAAAUUUGGGCCACUUUUACCUGCUGUGUAAACGUAGCCAAAGACGCUUACAAAUUUUCAAAACACAAAACGAUAGAGACAAACAAAAACAAACAAAACCAUAGAUUCACAAGCAAAAACAUGACAAAACUUGGUAGAGAGCUAAUAACUUUAACUUCUAGCUCUUAAACCCCUGAAGGUUUCCUUUUUUGAAUCUCUUGUCUUACUUGGUAGAGUUAGAGCUGUGAAUCUGCAGCCCCUUGCUGGGCAAAUUGGACUGUGAAAUGAGCAUCAGUAGUGGUUGUGGUGGAAGGGGGGCCUAAAAUCAUGCUUCAAAUAAAGAUGCACUAAGCUUUUUUACGCUGAUCUAGGACCAGCUGUCUUUAUUCAAAUCCUAGAUAUAAUGCAAUAUCUUAUGGCCCCAGUCUGAGGACCACGUUUAAAACAGUUGUUUUUUUUUUGUUUUUUUUUUUACUUGAUAAUUACUUGAUGAGUUUAAGAUCACUGUCAUAAGAAAACCUUGUUCUGCUGAAAUUACCAGUAACUACUGACCUUUUCUAUGGGUCCAUAUUUCAUAAUAACAGUGUCACACAAUGUAAUAGACUAUUGUUAUUUUUAACAAGUGUGUUAAAAUUUGUAAUUAGACGACACUUAGAGUUUUAGCGGGGAAAAUAUAAAAUGCCACAUGUGGGAUUUCCAGGGUCCUGCUGAGUAAUCACAGAUCCAAAAAAUCAACAUUUUCAACCUGCAGUAUUUUGUGCAAUAUAUUGUUGUGGUCUUUAUAAUCCUGGUUGGUUUUAAGGGAUUAAGUGGUGAAGCAUGCUUCACUUCUGCUGCCUUAUUUUUCUUAUCUUCGAGUAAAAUUCUCAAACCAGACCUGUUUUCUCCUUUACAUGAGCAGAAUUGUGGGUUCAGAGAUGGUGAUGCUUCGUUUGACUGAGUGUUACAUUUUUCCUUCAGUAUGUAUUGAAAUCUUUCCUUGUCUAAACAGGAAAAGGCUACUUCAAACCAAGUGGUGUGUUAAAAUAGCUGUGUAUAAAUAUGUUUGGUCCAUUUUGGAAAAGAUCUUACUUGAUAUGAUUGUUGACAAGAAAAGAAUCUUAAUCCGGUUGGAUUAAGCCAGACAAAUCUCAUUAAAACAAAGCUGUAAGAUAAGAUUUCUUGUAGUUUCACCAGGAAAUGUAGUGAGUAGUGUGGGCAUAAUGUCAGCAGAGGGAGACAUACUGUUAUGAUGAUCUUUUCACUGUCUGUGUAGAAAAUAAAGUGCAGAGCAAAGUAACAAAGAGCAGUGUGUGUGUGUGAUUCUGAUCGCGUAUGUAAGAAAUAUAAAUAAAGAUAAUAUUGAAACAGG